UUUGUGUACCUAUAAUAUUAUUUAAUUACUAUAUUAUACAGGAUAAUCUGUAUUAAUUUAUUCCCAUAACUUAUAUAUACCAAAAGUAGCGAAUUCGAAACUGGUCGGCUCUUAAAUUGUUUAAUUGAAAUUACCGACCAACUUUCUGAUUAACACAGCUAACAAACCAAAAUAAUUUAUAUGGCAGCAAUAGAUUCAUAACCUGCCAUAUUAGAACAAUAUUGAAAAAGACGUUAAAAACAUAAUUCUCAUUAUUCAUUAUAUGGAGAAGAAUAAUAGAUAAAGUGAAAUUAGUGGGUCCAUCGUGAUUAACAAUUCACAAGGAUUUAAUCAUGACGAUUUCGAAAGUGUGUCAGGUAGAGUUCGAUCUCACAACAUAUCCUAUAUUGCUAGCAAUACUCUUUUACUAACAAGUCCCUCUCUCGGUAUGUAUCAUUUACACUUAUCACCAAAUCUUAUAACUCCUUACACUUUAAAAUACAGUUUCUUCUUAGUACUCGUAAGUUGUCACGCAGGCUUAGAUGGCGAGGUGACGUCAGGAAAUACAAAUCGCUGGCCAUGCUCCCUGUGUGACUGCACUUAUCCCCUACAACAACUGCUAGAGUUACAUAAGGUCCAAAGGCACAGAGCCAGAACUGUUUCUUGCAGUCAAUGUAAUGCUAAAUUUUUCAACAAACACGAUUUGGCGUCUCAUAUGUUAAUACAUUCUGACGAAAUGCCGUUUGAGUGCUUGGCUUGUGGACGCAAAUUCAAGCGUUUUAUAUUAUUGAAACGUCAUGAAAAGGUUAUGCAUAGUGAUCUGUAUCAGUUUAAGUGUCACCAUUGUAUCGUGGCAUUUUUGUCUCAAGACGAAUUAGAAGUACAUCAAAGGAAACAUGGCAACGAUGCUUAUCGACAACAUGUGUGUCAUGUUUGCAAUAAAAGAUUCCAUGAAAGAAAUACACUGCAAAGGCACAUAGAUAUCGUACAUAAUAAGAAACGGGGAUUUCGUUGCGAAUAUUGUCCAGAGCGUGAGUCGACAGGAAUCAAAACCCAUCACUUAUUCUUACUCUCAUUAAAAUAAGCUAUGAACAUGCGCAAAUAACAUAUAAAACCUAUAUUAGCCAUAAUUGGGAAUUAUAAUUGAUUAAUGAUUUUAUUUUUU